AUGUCACCCCAAACAUAUGGAAACAUCACAGGGAUGCCUCUGCAGGAGUUUGUGCUGGAGGGGUUUCAGGGUGGGCUGCAGACCCAGGCCCUGCUCUUUGCCCUCUUCCUGGCCCUGUACUUGGCGGCCGUCCUGGGGAACCUCACCAUGAUCGUGGUCAUCACCCUGGACGCCCGUCUGCACUCCCCAAUGUACUUCUUCCUCAAGAACCUCUCCUUCCUGGACCUGUGCUACUCAUCUGUCAUCUACCCCAAGGCCCUGGCCAACGUCCUGUCCUCUUCCAAGGUCAUCUCCUUUGCAGGCUGUGCCACCCAGCUGUUCUUCUUCUCCCUGCUGGCAACUUCUGAGGCUUUCCUCUUGGCUGUGAUGGCCUAUGACCGCUUCCUGGCCAUCUGCAGCCCCCUGCACUAUCCCAUCACCAUGUGCCCAUCAGCCUGUGCCCGCCUGGUGCUGGGCUGCUAUGGUGGAGGGUGCCUCAACGCCAUCCUGCAGACCAGCUUCACAUUCAGCCUCCCCUUCUGCAGCUCCAACCACAUCGACCACUUCUUCUGCGAUGUGCCCCCGCUGCUCCUGCUCGCCUGUGCUGACACAGCCAUCAAUGAGCUGGUCCUGUUUGGCAUCUGCGGGCUCAUCAUCGUGGGCACCACCCUCGGGGUCCUCAUCUCCUAUGCCUACAUCACCGUGACCAUCCUGAGGAUGCGCUCGGGAGCAGGCAGACACAAGCUCUUCUCCACCUGUGGCUCCCACAUGACGGCCGUGUCCCUCUUUUAUGGAACUGUCUUUGUCAUGUAUGCCCAGCCGGGAGCGGUGGAGUCCAUGGAGCAGGGCAAGGUGGUCUCUGUCUUCUACACCCUGGUCAUCCCCGUGCUCAACCCCCUCAUCUACAGUCUGCAAAACAAGGAGGUGAAGGAGGCCCUGGGCAGAGUGGGCCAAAAGAGCAUCACCUCCUGA